CACGCCUAUAUAAGGGACUCACUGCAAUGAGUUCAGAUGACACUAUUACCGCAACAUUUUCUUAGUAUCUCAACUCAACAUGAGCAGCGCAAGCCACGUACACCAGCACCAUCACCAGCACACGCACGAAGCAGCACUUCCCCAGAACAUUCAGGGGGAUAUCGCAGCUGCGAACAAGGCUCAUUUCGACGCGCACGCUCAUAGCUAUGAUGAUACUCCGUCAGUCCUCAGAGUUACGAAGGAGAUCGGAAAGUCUAUCGUUGAAACGAUUCCUUUCAACAAGGAAAAGACUACCGUUUUAGAAUACGCUUGUGGGACCGGUCUCGUCUCAAAUGAACUCGUCCCGUACUGCAAGUCCCUCGUCGGUGUUGAUAUAAGUGAGGGAAUGAUUAAAGAGUUCGUCAAGAGGUUUGAGAAACAAGAACUACCACCUACCAAAGUAAGAGGAAUCUGCCAGGAACUGAAAGGAGAACAGGGCGAAUUGAAUGGCGAGACUUUUGAUGUAGUUGUGUGUUCCAUGGCGUAUCACCACUUUGACCCGAAAAAUCUGCAAAGUAUCACCGAUAUGUUAGCUUCGUUUCUAAAGCCAGCAGGAUUUCUCGCGGUCAUCGAUGGCCAGCCAAAUGCCGAUGGUAGCGCCACGAUCGGAGGAAAUCACGGUAAUGUAAAUCCAGCUGCAUUGGGCAAAACGACUGGGUUUUCGCAGGCGGACAUGGAAGGCCUGUUCAAUGGGGCUGGGUUGACAUUUCGAAGCUAUAAGCAUGUCACGAGCUUUGAGUUUCCAGGAGGUGGGACUUUGAACGCCUUCCUGGCGACUGCACAGAAGACCAAGUAGGAACAAGUUUAUUGUAGUGGAUUUGUCGUGGGUACGCAUAAGUGCUAAUGAUACACGGUCAUUUUCUCCCUCUACCGACCAAACCGAAUCAUCAAAGUCAUCAUUAAAAUAAUGCCAAAAAAUGGGGAAAGAAUGCAAUGUUUGGAUAUAUG